CUGGCGAGUGGUGCCUGGUGCCUGGUGCCUGGUGAGCACAGGAGUCAUCCCGGAUGUAGGUUAGCAGUGCAUGUGUGCGACGGAGGCUGCGGCCUUAUCGAUUCCACCAACGCGCAGACGCACAAAACGAACACCCCUUACACUUACACGACGUCCAUUACUCUUUUACUGCUUCAUUCCGACGGGCUUUGGCUAACCGACCGGCGAUGUACAGCCAACUCGAUAAUAAUUCCGUCGUAUGAGAAGCGAGCCCUCGGCGACAUUCAAUCUAUCUUCCGUAAAUGUAUAAGUGGUAAAGUUUGUUGGACUAAUAACAAAAUCGAUUGCGAUGCGGUCACUGUAUACAGAGUUACGAUAGACGACCAACUCCUAGGUCAAGGUGGACCGGACACCGAAUGA